AUGGACUUCCUCUUCGACCUUUGGAGGACCGAGCGAGCGACCGAGGGCAAGAAGACGAAGGCGAAACCCAAGUCUUCUUCGAUGACCCGAUCCUCCAGUACGUCCAGAUCGGCGCCCGCGUCUCCGCCGAGGUCCCAAUCGGCGCCCGCCCCGCCGACGAGGUCGACGAGCAACACCACCGUGCCCAAUCUUCCGCCCCGAAAGCCGAUGGGCGAAAAGCUGAGGGAGAAUGUGAGAGCCGCCGGCGACGCGCUCCGGCAGGCGAAGCAAAAGGCCGCGGACGGAUCGAAGCGCGCGUGCGCGCCCAUCGCGGCCGGCGCCAAGAGCGCCUUCCGCGUGGGCCGGCGCAAGAUCGGCGGGGACGACCCAAACUCCAAAGCCAGACGCGCCUGGUCGUGGGCGCUCGCUCGGACGCUUCGCGUCUGGCGAGUCGCUCACGCGCUGGCGUGCCUCGCGGCGGGGGUAUCGCGGGUCAACGCCCCGUCCGCCGUGUACCUCUUCCUCUUCACCGCGCAGUGCUCGCUGGCGCCCGCGGGCGGGCUGUACCAGGGCACGGCGCGCAAGGAGAGCCUCGACAGGACCCAUCGCCUGCACGCGUGGUUCGCGCAGCGCCGGUUGCUCUGGCUGACGGUGACGGCGUCGGGCGCGUGCCUUACCGCCCAAAUCGCGCUGCACGUCGCGCUGCGCGCCACGGGCGACGAUGUGCUCCUCGCAAACGCCGGGGUGUGGCGCGCGAUGGGGAUACACGCGUUCGAUGACGGAGCCGACGCGGCGUUGGCCGUGGUCCCCGACGUGUUGCUCUUUUUGAUUUCAUCCGUCGCUCUCACCGUCGUGAGGUGCGUGUGCGCGCUCGCGAUGACCAACAGGUUCAAACACGCGGUGAAGCAGGUGAUGACGCUGCAGCGCCGACUGAGACGACGCGGCGAGCCCUGGAGGGUGCACGCGGGCUUCGACGGCACCGUCGGUCUCACCGAAGCGGCGCUCGCGGCGCUUCAGAGCGCGAAAGAAGAGUCUCUUAAAGAAGAAGACUCUUCCCCAUCCGCCACCCGCGCCGACGAGCGCCUCGAGGCGUACGUCGAGGUCAUCCCGCCGACCAGGACGAGCAGCCGCGCGGCGGCGCUGUGGCGCGCCGUCGGGUCCGCCGCCACCGCCGCCGCCGGCUCGUGGCGCCCGGCGCUCCUCAACGGAGCCGUCUUCCUCGUCGCCGUCGCGCACUUCACGUCGCACGCGGCGGAUCGAAGGGUUCCGGCGCUGUUGGACUCGAUCGGAUCCGUGAGGUCCAUGCGAGGGUGGGUGGCGACGGCGGUGCUCGCGCCGUACGUGUCGUCCGUCGUCGAGACGGCCUUUUGGGGCGUCGGCGGCGCCGCGGGGGACUUUGGGUUGACCGGGGGCGGCGAGCUCCGUCGCCAGGGUUCCGAUUGGAACUGGCUGUGCCACUCCGUGGGUUUGUGGCCGAUGGCCAACUCCCGCGGGCGUUGGUGCUCGUGCAUGGACGAGGACCAGGGGUUCGCGUGGGCGUGGGCGAUUAUCGCGUUGGCGCUCUUUGGGAUGGGCGGGGACGGGCCGGGUCGGCCCGGGGAGGGUAGCGACUCGUCGGAGAACGGAAAGGCGAAGAAGGGGACGUCGAGCAAACUGUGGCGGUACCUCUCUUGGACGGCGUGCGUCGAGGCGGUGUUGAGACGUCCGGGGAAGAAGAGGAAGAAGGAGGACGCGUCGUCGUCGUCGGAGGGUGAGGGACUGUUGCCGGCGUUGCCGUCCGAGAGUGGGACUCCCGGGGACGGCGGCGAGUCCCAAUCCUUCGCAAAACUCGCUCCCGAGAAGCGGCGUCCCGGUCAGCACGACGUGCGCGUGGACCUGCUUCAAAAGUUGCGGUCGCGACAGGAGAUGGUUCGCGCUGGCGCGUCGAGCUCCGCGGCGGAUCUUCAGCGGCUUCUUCGGGAAGCGGAGACGAGGGGUUCGGCUUCCGGCGUGUGGGUCUCGCGCGGCGAAGCCGAGAGCAAACCCAGGGAUGACGAGUCCGACGUUCGAAUCAUCGUGCGGUCGAUCAACUACCUCUUCGUGACGACGUUCACGAAAGCCGCGUCGCUCGCCAGGACAAAGUCCUUACAGAAAUCGUCACCCGACGUCGGCGGCGCGACGGGGGCCGCGUACCGACCCGAGGAGCUCCUCGCCGCGGUUGGCGGUGGGGCUGGCUCGAAGAAAAGGGCUCCAAUGAAGGGGACGCAGUCCCUCGGCCAGAGCACCAAGAAGGUGAAGACGGCGGUGUUGAACACCGCGAACGCGUUCUGGAGUCGAAGCGGCGAGUCCAUAGGCGCCGCGGCCGGGACGCUCAACCGCCGAGCGGACGGACCCCUCGGCGGCGGCGUUCUCCCACUCUUUGCCUCGUUCAUGCUCGCGACGUCGUAUCCGAGCCUGCUCUCGGUGCCCCUGCUGCUGUGGUCCAUGCUUCCCUUCAUCGCGCCGUGGUCGCUAGCCGCGGACGGCGACCAGGGAGACCCCCUGGAGGUGAAGAAGGCGUCGGCGAUUGGCGAGGGGCCGGCGUUGGGAAAAGAGGAGGCGGAGGCAUCACCGCCGGCGAUGCCCCAGUCGGAUCCGUCAAAGCCGGGCCCGCCGCAGCCGUCGCUCUCGAGGAGGUUACUUAACCGCAUGACCUCCGGGAGCUUCAAGCGCAUGAAGGAGAGGUGGUCGCAGGUGGCGACGUGGGCCGGAAAGUCCAAGCUCGGCUCGUGGGCCAGCCGCGAGCGCCGUUCCGCGAAGGAGUUCGUCGCGCUCCACGUCGCGGGCCGGUAUCGAUGGUUCCACUUCAUCGCGGCUAUGUACGCCACCGGGCUCCUGAUCCUCGACUACGGAAGCAGGCUCAGCACGGAGAUGAUUUACGUCGACGAGGCGAGCUCGGACAACUCAUGGGGCAGUGAACUGAUGUUUGGUCCGGCGAGGCGCGCGAGCGCCGCGGCGACGCUCCUUUUCAAGCUCCUAUUCGUCGCGAUGAUACUCCGACCGCACCCGCGAAGGGACGAGUCGAGGACGCUGAAAGAAGCCGUCGCCGCGUCCGCAGCCGCCAAGGCGAAGGCUGAGCUGGCCGCGGAGGAGGUGGACGAGCUAGAGGACCGCGCGACUGAAGCCGACGAUAUCGACAGGGCGCACGUGGCGUCCCUCGCGAAGGUGUCGGACGAGAUCGCCGUCACCGUGAAAACCGCAGAGGCGAAUAAGACGCGUGAAUCGUUCGCUCCCCUCGAAUUCGUCCCCGACGAGGAAUACGUGAGGGAGUUGCAGGCGUGGUACGAGGAGAACUCCGCCGCGAGGCAGCAACGCGCGCUCCGCGUCGCGUUCGGCGACCUCUCCCCGGGUUCACACGGCACCGGCGAGGGACCGGGGGCGUUUGAACGGAAGUUGGAGGGGGCGAUGUCGGAAACUGAGCUCGCGGAGCAGGAGAAGAGGGAGGAUGCCGAGGAUCGUAAGACGCUGCUGCGGCUGCGGAGGCAGUGCCGGCACAGACGCAGGUUCGCCGCGCGCAGGGACGCGUGGGUCAAGCGUUUGGAUCACAUGUCCGCGAGGACGCGCGCGAUGAUCGCCGCGGAUCCUGGAAAGACACCCAUGGGACCGCUGUGGUGGGUUCAGUACGUCGCGAUGCUCUCGUUUGUCAUCGCCAUCGCCAACACGUCCACGAUAAUCGCCGGCGGAAUGCUCGGCCUGCUGCUCCUGUACGUGGCAUCGGUGGACUGGCGGUACAGCAGAUGGUGGUGGGGAUGCGCGUACGUGGGUCUGACCAUGACGCUGCAGGUAACUUGGCUCUCCAUCGCAGAGGCGUACCUGAUCACGGAGGGCACGGUUGAUUCGCACCUGGCGGAGGGUUUGGGUUUGAAAAUUUAUGGCGUGAGGGCGCCGCUGUGGGCAUCCGGAGAGUUUUUCCUUCUGUUGCUGCUGCUCGUCGUCGUCGUCGCGGAGCUCGUGGUAAACGACGCGAGGAAGCUGCACGACCGGCACGUGGAGAGGUACGGCGCGGACGCCGAGGCUACGCUAGUCGCGGGCACCGAUGAGGACGGUAAGCAGGUGACGAGGAAGGUGGAGGUGAAGAAACGCGCGGCGACGUCCGAGUUUUGGCUCGACGAUCUCGGCGCCACCGUUGGUUCGAUCGUUCGCAUCAAUCCUCGCACCUCGCGGCAGCUGCGAGGGUUCGGGCGGUGGCUCCAGGAGAUCGAGCCGCUCAGCGUGCUGCCGCUGACGCUCCUAUUCUUAGUGCUCUGCGGCUUGACUCCGUCCGAGGGGCACACCGCAGACUUCGUCCACAUGUUCGACGUCAUGACCGCGUUGGGUUUACUCUUAAGUUCGCUGCUGAGCUUCAGAAACCUGACGCACAGGAUACACAAGCUGAUACGCAGGGACGAGGAACGUUUCGAGCGCGAGAAGCGGGAGGAGCAGGAGAGGCUCGAGGAGGAGCGCAGGAUGCGAGAGGAAGCCGAGGCGGAAGCCCGCGAAAGAAGCGUCCGCGGCGCCGAUACUCCCGCGGAGGAGGGUAUCCCUGAGCUCCCGCAAACCCCGCCGCCGACGGUCCCAGCGCCGCAGUCCACGUCCAGGCUCGCGGAGGCCAGGGGCGUGCCCGCGCCGAGGAUCAAGACGGACGGAUCUGAAGGCUCCUCGGAUGAAGAGUUUACCCAGAUUGAACUCGCCACGCCAAAGACAGAGAAGACCGCGCGGCGAACGCCCGCGUCGCCCACGCCGAAGAAGGAGGUCAAACCCGAGGAGGAGAAGCCUUCGGCGGUCAAGAGCGAUCAGCCCACGCCCUCGCCCAAGAGCCCGGCGGUAGUCGGAAGCAAGUUCAGAUUUGGGAAGCUGGUUGCGGGCGCGAUGCUUCUCGGCUCUCGCGGCGACUCGCGCCGCGACCGCGACAGAGCCUUGGCGCAGAGCCAGUCGUCGAUCGAGUACGUCCGCGACAUGAAACCGUGGGCGGAGACCCGGCGCAGGGUUCGGAGGGGACUGCGAGUUUACGUCGCUUUUCAGUGCAUGUACAUCACGGCGCUGUACAUGUUCAAUGUUCAGUACGUGAACCGCACCGUGCACAAGUACUGGCCGGAUGAGAUCGACCGGGUCAUCGUGCCUGACGACUUCGGCAUGUUCGUGGUGACCAGCUACGCGGGAAACCUGUGGCCUAGGAUCCUCACGCUGCUCUUCGCCAUCUUCAACAUGCGGUGGCUGGACUGGAAGCACAGGCGAGACAGGCAUCCCCCGGCGCCGUACGAAGAUUCUGAUGACGAAAAGGAAAUCGUGGAGAAGGAGAAGAAAGCUGGGUACGAUCGCAAGGGCUGGGACCCGAGCGUCUAUCUCGCGGCAGUCGCCACGUUCUACGUAACAUCAAAGGCGCACGUGAAGAAGAUGUUCGGGCCCAAGUUCGAGGCGCUGCUGCAGAAGCGAGCCAUGGAUAUCCUGCUCCUCACCGUCAUCGCCUGCGUCGCGGCGAGCAUCGACCUCUUCGGCGUUUUCCACUCUGCGCUGGCGAUUCACGCGGUGAUCGCGAUCGCUACCGUGAAGAGCUUCGAGAUGAGCGGUUUGAGCCGGAUAAUGAAGGGCGGGGGGCGCAAGCGUCGUGACUCCGUCGACUCCCUCAUCGAGGAGGAAGCCGUGGCCGACAAAAAGAAAAAGGAGGAACCGAAGACGUGGCGAGAACGGUUCGCGGCGACGUACGCGGCGCUGCCCGCGUUGCCCGCGUUGCCCUGGCGAAAGAAGAAGGGCGAGAUUGAGAAGGCGACGUCUCACGAGGAGGUUGAGCUUCUCGAGAGCGGCGGGAGCGCCGUGUCCCAACCCUUGGGAGAUUUCGGCGAGCAGCCCGCGUCCCGGCGCGGGCGCAAGCGCCCGUCGUUGUACCACGAGGCUAACGAUUACGGGCUCAUGUUUGCGGUCAUCGCGUCGGUAUCGAUGAUUCUCAAGUACGUCGCGCAGCUUCGAAUGUCCCAACUGGGAGGUAUAUUCGAGGACGUUACCGGCCCGAGCUGGGGCACGUGGCUUGGUCUCAUACGUCUCACGGACCCCAGGCUGGAGUCCAUCGGCGACGUCCGCGAGGGGGCGGAGACCUGCUGCCAGUGGCCAAACAAACUGUCCUCGAGUGGGAGCUACUGCGUCGCGUGGGUGGACCCCUACGCCGUCACCAACUCGUCCAUCGUCGCCGUGUCCGCCGCGGGCGACGUGGUGGAACAGGCCGCGGCCGCGACGAGGACCUGCUCAGCGUUUGCGGGGUACUGGUGGCAGAUGCGGUACCAAAUCGCGAUCAUCGUCAUUGCCAGCAUGCAGUGCCUGCUGCAGAGCAGGCAUAACCUGCUGGCGGCAAAGAAGGCCACCGCCGCGAUCGCCGCCGCGCACGGAAAGAAGAUAGAGGUCACCGACGAGGAUGAAUCGUCCAAGAAAUCGAGCCCGGAGAAGAAGGAGGAGAAGAAUGAUGGAGUGAAACCCUCGACCGCAGCAGCUGGGGCGGUUGGCGCUAGUGCCGUUGCCGUCGCAACUGCAGAAUCUGAAAAGAAGGGUCCCGCGGCGGCUGGGAAGAAGACGAUGAUCCAGGAGAGCCUGGUCCAGCUCCGUCUCAUGGUCGAGUACGUGUUUGUGUCCAUCGCGACUUUCAACUUCGCCGAGUUUCUGGAGAAGGUGGAGUACCUCAGCGAGGCUGCGCCGUUCUUCAACUACAUCAUCGCGAUGGCGCUGCUGCUGUCCUCGGCGUUUCUCAAGUCGAACAUCAGCAGCAUCUUCUACAUCGCCAUCCUCGGUUACCUUCAGUCCGAGAAUUCGGAGGAGGGUUUGCGCAGGGUGCAUAAAGAGGGUCACUACGUCGUCAUCGCGGUCGGUGUGAUGGUCAUGGUCCACGUGCUCGCGUCGCUUCGGUUGCCGGAUAUUCUCCUGGACUCUGACUACUGCGUGGACUGCCCGACGCGAAGGUUCUGGCUCAACUUCGGGUCGUGCCCCGACGAUAAUCCCGCGAACGUUUCCACGGCGGUCCUACCGAUGUAUACCUUACCGCCGCCGCCGCCCGCGCCGUCUCCUCCCCCGCCGGGCCAAAUCGCUGUCAUCGACUCGGACGCGGCGGCUGGGGCCAUCUCCGAGCAGGAAGCCGCGGCUAACCAGGAACUCGACCAGCUCUUCUAUGAUUCCCGGUGCAAAAGGCCCGUGACCACCACGGAAUACUCGAUCAUCCCCGACCUCAUUGUCAUGCUUCUGCUGGCGUACUUCAUCCGUCGCGCGAAGCUCGUCGCGAUGAGCGAAUCCGCGAGGAUGACAUGGAAACGUGGCAUGGCCGGCGUGAUGAAAUCCAACCGGGAGAUAAAAAAAGGAGCAGAGGCUGGCAAGGCGAGGGCCCUCACCGGCAGCGCCAAAGAUGAGGAAGCGUACGAAACGAUGCGCGAGCAGGGCGUCCUCUACCAGCGUCAGAAGGCACGCGCGUCCGAUGUGAGCGAGGAGAUCGCGAAGAAGGACGCGACGCUGCGCAACAGGAGGAGCGCCAAGCUGAAGGGCGAAUCAGGCCGCGACGGAAAAUUCAAAUUCGGGGUGAGAGACGACCCGCUUGACCCGGCCAAGGGCGGUGACUCAUCCUCAAGCGAUGUUCCGACUUCCUCGCUCUCCGACGCGUUCCGGACCGCUAAGGUGAGGCGCGACGCCAGGGUCAGGAGGGCUAAGGCCACGCCCGUGGCUGAGGCCGGCGGGGUGGACCUCAAGUCCAUGACUCCGGAACAGAGGAAGGUGCACCGCGAGCGAAUGCUGGCGGGCGAAAAGCUGAAGAAGACGCUUCGAAACGCGGGCGAGGCGCUCGGACACGCGCUGCUCGUGCUCGUCGCGAUAUGCUUCCUGCCGCUAAUCAUCCUGUUCACGGUGCUCGCCGGGGUGAAUCGCAAGAUUGCGGAUCUCAUCGGCAUCGGCUACGUCAUCAUCGCCGUCGUCUUCGCCGUCAGGCUCAGAGAUUUGCGCCUCAACCUGUGCAUACGCACGGGCGUGCCCCCGUCGAGGACCAACAUCGAGCUCUUCCGCAUCCUGCCCCUUUACGUGUACGCCAUCCUGGCGUGCAAGCUACUGUACCAGGUGCCCUACUUCCUGCCUCACCUCUUCGAGGGUGGCAUCGCGAGCAAGGGGAAAUGCGACUUGGGCACCGCGGGUUGCGACACCUGGAUGGAUUUCGUCGGCGCGUUGAAAUUGGACAAGGCUUGCGAUCCAAGCAUGAUGGAGCAGUGUUCCAGCGUCCUCUCCUGGUCCAGAGGAGGCAUCCUGCCCGAGAUCUUGCUCUUCGUCAUGUGCGCGAUUCAGCAGAACCUGAACAGGAACGAGAGGUAUGUCGAGAUUGUUUGGUCUCGGCAGCUUCGCAGCGCGCGCCGCAGCGAGAAGGCCACCGUGCUGCACGUGCAGCGCAUGAUCGAUUGGCGGAACUCCGAGGUUGAGGACCGCCGCCGGCACUACAGGGAGACCAUUUACUCCAUCCAAGACAGCGCCGCGCAGGUCAAAGCGUGGACAGAAGAGCUUCGCAAGGCUGAGGAGAUGCCCGUCGGGGUGAUGGAUCCAGACUCGGGUGACAGGGCAAAGGUAUCGGAGGUUCCGCUCAAGCCGUACGUGACGGUGAUCAACCCCACCACGGUUAAGAUCACGUGCGAGAUGCUACCCAACGCGCCGCCGAUCGAGUACUUCACCGUGAAGCGCGAGCCACACCCGAGACUCACCGCGCUGUCGCAUUACAGCGAUCCAAUCGAGGUUGCGGUGGAGAAGCGACCCGGUCGCGAAAGGCGCGGCGGCCAUUCUCGCGCUGGAGCGCAGAAGGGCGUCGUCGAGAUUAAGGAUCUCAAACCCGGCAAGGGCUACGUGUUCGUCGUGCACUCGUACACUGAGAGCAACGGUCACAGUACCGAGAGCGAGGCCUCGGAUCCGAUCGAGCUGCCCAUGGAGACGAAGGAGCAGACGGACGCGAGGAAAAAGAAGGAGGAGGAGGAGAAAGAGGGCGGUUGGGCCAUGUUCAAGCGCCUUUUCAAGCAAGGCGUGGAUGUGUGCCUGGACAAGCUCGCGUAUCUCCUCGAUCCCGCGGUCUAUCCCAUCCCCGAGGUCAACGAGCGAUAUAAGGAGCAGUCCGGUGACGAGAUGCAGACCAUAAUGAUCAAGGAUGUGGACGAUGGCCUGUCUGACAGCGACGAUGACUCGCUGCCGGACAUCACCAAGGAGCCCGGAGCGGGGUCCCCCGAGAUGAGGCGCCGCCGCGACACAAACGAGUUCGAGGGCGAGAUGGACGCCAUCUCCAACUGGUUCCACAAGGGACACUGGGGCGAUAAGGGUGGUGUGAUGGGUUUCUUCGGCGGCAUCAUUCGUCUGGUGUAUUCGUUGUCAGAGUGGUUCGCUUACGCGAGCAUCUGCGGCGCGCUGCUCACACACACCGACUUUUUCAGUGUCCUGCCGGUGAUUUGGGUCAUGCUCGUCGCGCUCGUCCGCAACCCGCACCCGGCGCCGGAGUCGUGGUGGAUGGCGUUCUGGUACAGCAUCGCGGUGCUCAUAUUCCGCGUGACGUUCCAGACGAAAGCUUUCUGCAUGGACGUCGACGAGGACACGUCGCCCUCGGACCUCAACCAUUUCACGUUUUCGAUGCAACCCGAGUGCCCCGCAACGAAGGCUUCGUUGUUCGACUGGGACAACGGCGACUGGAUGUACGCGACGAACGCGGUGGUUUUCCUCACAGUCAAGACGGGUGCGAGCACCAUACUCAACGCGGUGCUCGUGGACAUCUUCGUGUGCGCCAGCCUGCUGCUGCACAUCGACCACCUCAAUUUCGUGGGGAUACGGACAUACGAGGACAUGAAGUACAUUCGGCCGUGCAUCAACUACUCACAGCUCCACGGCCUUCGAACGGUGACGCGGAUGGACGAAAUCAAGGACGGCAUGCUCGGCCUAACCUUCGAGGAGGGCGUGGCCUCGGACUCGUCCACUCCGUCGGUGCUCUCGCCCGGAAAGGGCGUCGGCAAGCCAGGGUCGGGGUCGCAGACUCCCAGCGCGCUCAAGGCGACGCCGGCGAGCAUCAAAUCCAAAUCUUUCGUCAAGCGGCUUAAAGAUCUGCUCGGCGAGCGCAAGGACGAGGACCUGUACGGCAUACCCGAGUUCACGGGGAGGAAGAUCAUGUGGCCCGGGCAGUACUACCGCGAGGCUUGCGUAAACCAGCUGGAAGGGGACAGAAAACGGGAUGAAAAGCCGCCGAGCAGGAAAGAAUUCAGGGAAAAAUACGGCGCAGCCAUCAAGGAGAAGAAGAUCAACAAGAACGCCGCGGUCAAGUCCGCUCUGAAGACGUUCGGCCGCGACCUUUGGGACUCGAUCAAGUACUCGGCCAAAUACGCGGUGGGCACGAUUCGGGACUUUUUGACCGAGAUUCAGCUCAGCAACAAGACGGAGCCGCCCAGUCGCAACACUGGCAAACCCGGUCGAGACCUCUACCCCAUAGAGUUCUUCCUCCAGAUCUUCUCGCUGGUGUGGCUCAUCUUCGACUUCUCCAACCUCAACUUCGAGAACGACGCGCAGGCCAGCGGCGCGGAGCAGCUCCAGUCCGGCCUCACCAUCGCCAUCCUCACCUCCACGCUGUCCAUGGUCAUCUCCCGCCUGGUGUACGUCAGCCAGAACAUGCUGAUGAAGUACGUGAUGCAGGUUGCGUACACCCUAACGUUGCUACUGCACAUCUUCAUCAUACUCCCGCUCGUGGACGGCAGGGCUUUCGUCAAGGCGCACGGCAAUGUUCACCUGAAGGCUUUCGUCGCGUGCCAGCUCCUAUACCUCCUGGUAUCCGCGUUGCAGAUUCGCACGGGGUACAGGGAAGGUAGCCAGUACCAGACCCUGUUCAUGAAACUAGGCACCGGACCAGUGGCGUACUAUGCGUUCAUGAUAUAUCAGAGCGUCCCGUUCCUGUUUGAGCUGCGCACACUGCUGGACUGGGUGAUGAGCGAGUCGUCGCUGGACCUCCUCAUGUGGUUCCGAUUUGAGAACCUGUACCACAUGCUUUGGAAGGAUUUGCUCUACCAGGAAGCCAGGCGGCAGAACAAGGAGAUCUACAGCGGCCGCGACAAGUUCCCGCUCGUCUUUAAGAUGCUCCAGGGUUUUACAAUCUUUACCGGCAUCAUCCUCCUGCUGCUUGCACCGAUCUUCCUGUUCUCCUCCAUCAACCCGGUGCUGUCCCCCAACAAGGUGACCAGUGCGAACCUGAACGUGGAGCUGAGGGUGAGGGUCAACAGCUCGCUGGCGGUUUACAACAUCUACCAGGCGCAGGCGCAGAGCGUGGAAAUGUCGGGCGAGGACAUCGACGCCUCGGAACGGUACUUGAUGACCUCGCCGCUGACGCAAAAGUUCGAUGCGGAGUGUCUCCUGUUCCCAAGGCACAGCUCGGUGUCGUGGGUGCUGCCAGCAGGGCCGAGGGGGGCACUCGCAACGAACCUGGUGACACACGCGAAGUGGCUCAACACAACACGUCAGUUGACCUCAACCUCAACCUCGGAGAGCCAGGCUGAGCUCGUGUUCACCACCGCAUUCACGCGGUACGGCCCGCCCACCGCAAAGACCGUCAUGAUGGAGGUCAUUUCCCCGCUCACGUCGAGCCAGGCGCUGGAGAUGGGAACGAUGAUCAACGACAUCUCGGACCAAAAGGCGGAGGUUGCCGUGGAGCGUGCGCUGCCCAGGCUGCUUAACCUACCCCCGAGGGACCAGGUCAUCAAGCUCUCGAAGACCGCGCCCGAUCCGAAUCCCAGCGACGACGCCACCACGAUCCUAUCUCUGGAGCGCCUGGACGACUCGCUGAUGAUAUGGGGCUUGCGCACAAAACAGAUCACGCUUGCGGGUGUCAAGAAGGGCUUCUGCGGGAUGGUCGAUUACACCGAGGAAGGAAGCCAAGGCGUUCUGUACGCCACCAUGUCCGACAGGUUCCUCUCCGGCGUCGUCGAGCAGCUUGGUCUGGACAGUUACAGCAUGCUGGCGCUCUACGCCUUCAUCUUCGUCGCCAUCGGAGGCGUGGUGAGGAGGUUCUUCCAGUUUAAGAUUGAGGACGUGAUGAUCUACGAGAUUCCAAACCCAGAUUACCUGCUGAGGCUGUGCCGCGGGCUGCGGAUGCUGCGAGCGCACAGAUAUCCGGGAUGCAGGAGGGACGAGAUCAAGCUGUUCCACACACUCAUACAGAUGCUUCGGUCGCCCGACAUCCUCAUAAAGGUGACCCGUAACAAAGACGUGUGA